AUGGCUAGCGUUUCAGGUAAGAAUAAGGUAACAGUAAGUGAAGAAGAAACGACGCAGUCUGCUAGUGAUGUGGAACCAUCAUGUGGCCAAGUCAAUUUCGAAGCAAAUUUUGGCCGACUUUCUCUUAAGAUGUUAAAGUUUUUGUGUCAAGGGAUGGGUAUUUCUGAUGCUGGUCUGAAACAGGAGUUGGUUGGUAGAUUGGUUAACGAAUAUAAGAAGAAAGAGGAGUCAUCUGGUGAGCUGUUUGUGAAGGGUAAGGCUGUGAACAUAGAUAAUGAGAUGGGAGAUAUUGAGUCAUUUCCGAGUGCUCGUGAUUAUGGGCAUAUGGCCGGCGGUGGGAAAGGUUCACGUCAGAUUGUGAUAAAUAAGAAACCUAAGGUCGGGCAUGAUAGGAGUCAAAAAUUCGAGGAUGAGAAAAGCAGUUAUCAAGGCUGUAUACCGAGCUUACAACAGGGACAACCAAUUGCUCCUGUUUUCCUGCAGGCACAUCUGUCAAUGAUGCCAGCUUGGCAACAGGUGCCUAAUUUGCAAAAUGCAGCAGUAACCGCUCCUGGGUUUGUGUUUGGUGGUAUAAAUCCUUUCGGUGCUAGACAGGCUUAG